AUGAGCAAAUCCGAUACACGUAAACGACAACGAACAACAAGUGGAAACAGUGAUUCAGACUCCGAUUCAGAUUCAUCACAAUCAAAACAGUUCUUUCCUGAUGGCUUUGAUGAAAAUUAUCGUGGAGAUGCUAAUGAUCGAGCAUGGUUAAAAACUUUAUCUGAACGUGAACGUGAAGCUGAAUUAUUAAAAAGACAUGAACAACGUGAAAUAAUCAAACGUCGUGAAGAAAUAAAUAAAAGACUUAAAUCAAAAGCUGAAGAAUCAGCAGUAAAAAGUGAAGAAGAAGGUGAAAUAGAUGAUCAUGAUGAUGAUGAAAGUGAUCAUGAAAAAACAAACGAAAAUUCUACACGUAAAUCAAAUUUAUUUGAUAAUGAUAUUUAUGCUGAAGAUGAUGAUGAUGAUGAUGAUUAUCGAUCAUCAACAAAUCGACGAAAACAAAUUAAUGCUACAAAACAAAAAGAAACUGAACAUAGUAAAUCUCUUCAAUUAUUAGUUGAAGGACGAAAGAAAAAACAAGAUGAAAAAAACAAAAAAUCUGUAAUAAAAUCUGAUGAUGUUUCCUCAAGUGAUGAAGAUGGUCCUGAAAAAUCCACUAAAACAAAUCAAAAAGAUGAAAUAUGGAAAGUUGAUGAUGUUUAUCAAACAUCGAGUUCUGAUAAUGAUAAUGAUGAUGAUGACGAUGAUAAUCAUGGUAAUUCAAAUAAUCGUCGUCUUCGAUCGCGUUCACCUGAUGAUCGUACAAAUGAUGCACGUGAACAAGAGUCUAAACGAAAAAAAUGUACACCUAUAUCAACAAAAGAUCAAUUAAAAUCUAUGAUAUUAUCUCGUUUUCGUAUGGAAAAAUGGUGUCAUUCACCAUUUUUUGCUAAAGUAGCAAAAGGUGCAUUUGUUCGUAUUAAUAUUGGUCAAAAUAAUGGUGAACCAGUUUAUCGGGUUUGUGAAAUAUGUGAUGUCGUAGAAACAGGAAAAAUAUAUAAUCUUGGUGUAACACGUACAAAUAAAGGUCUUCGUUUAAAACAUGGAAAUAAUGAGCGUAUAUUUCGACUUGAAUAUGUAUCAAAUAAUGAAAUAUCAGAAGGAGAGUUUCAACGUUGGAGAGAAGCAAUGAUCAAACAAGGUAUUGCAUUGCCAACAUUAGAUGAUCUUGAAAAGAAAAUGAAAGAAAUUGAAGAAAGUAAACAUUAUGUUUAUAAUAAUAAUGAUAUAACACAUAUAGUACAAGAAAAAAAACGAUUUCGUAAAGCACCAAUAAAUUAUGCUGUAACAAAAAAUGAAUUAUUAAAAGAAAUAGAAAUAGCAAAAGAUGAAAAUGAUAUUGAAAGAGAAACUGAAUUAAGAAAACAGCUUACUGAAAUGGAAGAAAGAGCUUCAGAACUUGAUCGUGAUUCAUCAGAUGCAAUUCUUGAUCGAUAUGGUCCACGUCUUGGUUUUCGUCGAAUGGAACGAGCUCCUCCUAAAUUUCAAUUAAUAAAUUAUCUCGUUCUACUUUCUGCUCGUAAACAUAUUAAACCCGAUCAAUUAUAUGUUCAUUAUACUUUCGAACCAACUGGUUAUUGGUGGUUAAAAGCUAAACAAGAUCAUGAAUUAAAUUUAACACUUAAUCAUAUUCCCGAAAUAACAUCAAUCUAUAAUUAUCCAUUAUAUCAUCAUGCUCAUCGUACUGAUAUUGCACGUUUAGAAAUUCUUGAUAAAUAUGGUGGUAUUUAUCUUGAUUUAGAUGUUCUUAUUAUAAAAUCAUUUUCACAACUAAUAUCUAAUCCAUAUAAUGUUGAAGCUAUAUUUGCUUGGGAAAAUCAAAAAUUUAAUGCUAUAUGUAAUGCUGUUAUUAUAGCACCAAUACAUUCAAAAUUUCUUCGACGUAUUUAUCAAUCAUAUCAAAGUUUCAAUUCAUCUUGUUGGGGUUGUCAUUCAGUAUUAUUAACAGGACAACUAGCCAAUAUAUAUAAGAAUGAAGUUCAUAUAUUACCUUCACGAGCUUUUUUUAAACCAUCAUGGUCACAUAUCGAAGAUUUAUAUGUAUAUAAUACAUAUAAUUUUAAAAAUAACUAUGCAUGUCAUCUAUGGAAUUCUUAUGUUGGAAAAAUAUUUUUAUAUAAUUUAACAUUAAAUUCUAUAUUGAAACCUAAAAAAAUGACAACAUUUAUUCGAAUGAUUAUUCAUGGUCGUGAAGCACAAGAACAUCGAAAUACAGCGGCAGAUCCAUUUACACGUCGUCGUUGUGCACCAACACUUGUAACAAAAACUCCACAAGUCAAUAUAAAAGCAGAUCUAUUACGAGAAUUACAACACGAACGACGUGCAAUUGAAGCAGCAGCAAUGAAAAAACAACUUGAUGAACAACGUUUAUUAGCUGAACAAAAUAAAUCUUCGACAACAACAAAUACAACAGCAAAAACAACUACAGAUACACCAGAUAAAACACUGUCAGAAAAAAGCUUUACAACAAUGACAACUGGUGAACGUGGUUCAUUUACAUCAUUUUCCGAACAUAAUGAUGAAAUGUUUACAUCUCAUGAUUUUGAACUUGAUCUUAAUAUAAAACUUUUUCCAGAUUAG